AUGAACUCUGGAAGGAGCGCGUACGAAACACCAUACCCUGCUCCACCAUCGAAAGCUCCCACAAAAGAUGCUCGUAUCGAAAUUGUCGUCCCAAUGACUACUUCAUUCACCUAUUCUGAGGUUGGAAAAGAGUUUCGAACUGCAAUUAGGCCUACAACGGCAGAGCCGUCCACCGACCAGAAGACGCCAUCUCAGCCGGGAUAUGUACCUCCAAACGUAGAGCCUCGAGGUCCAAUUCCUCCUGCCAAUCACGCUGAUGUCGCGGAACAACCAAUAUCACCCUAUGCCGCUGAAGGUAAAAUCUUUGACGGCUAUUUUUUGACCGAUAAAAACUAUCAGGCUAUCCGGAAAGUCUUGGGAUAA